UUUCCCUUGCAACUCCAAAACCACCUAUGUAUGUUUGGAGCUAUAAUACUAUCAUUAUUACUACUAGAAAAUAGAACAGGAAUACAAAUUUUGCUGUAAUAUCUCUCCCUAAUCUAUAUGCAUGUUUUUUCAAAGAUUCUGUUUCUUUUAAAGAUUCUCCUCUUGGAAAAGUUGGGAUUCUUGAUUCCCAUUAAAAGAUUCUCUGUGUUUAGCAUAGAUAGUUUAUAUUAAUCUUACAACAUUUCAUUGUGAAGAAGGUAGAAAGAGGUGAUGUGUGUGAAGAAUAUGAUGUCAAUGAAGUCAAGGUGGACAAACGAGGAAAACAGGACAUUCGAGAGCGCGCUUGCCUUAUUCGAGGAGGAGAGCCCCGAGAGAUGGUUCAAGAUUGCGGCCAUGAUCCCGACCAAAUCCGUGUACGAUGUGAUAGAUCAAUACACACAGUUGGUUUCGGAUGUGAGUGAUAUCGAAGCCGGUUUAGUUCCCAUUCCUGCAUACUUGUCUUUCAAUCUCUCUCCAAACAGAUCCUCGCCUUCCCACCGCAAGAAAGGCCUCCCUUGGACCGAGUCCGAGCACAGGCGUUUCCUAUUAGGGCUUGAAAAGCAUGGCAAAGGUGACUGGAAAAACAUAUCACGAAACUUCGUGGUGUCGAAAACUCCAACACAAGUGGCUAGCCAUGCUCAGAAGUACUAUAUGAGGCAGCUCAACGGAGACAAAGACAAACGGAGGCCGAGCAUCCACGACAUCUCUAUUCAUCUCACCGGAGAUUCUCAAUGUUUUCAUGACUACAACAACCAAGGGGACUUGAUGAUGCUUUUCGACUCCGGUUAUAGCCAUGGAUAUCCCUACACAGACUCCUUAUAUAUAUAGUGCAUACUUUAAAUUAGGUUGUGUAUUGAAAUGCUCUUCUCAAAAGUGACUAGGCGACUUGAAUUAUAUAUAUCCACACAUGCUUAAGUUGUAGUAGUAUAAUUCUUAUGAAGAAAUAAUUGAUAACUAUCUCUAAGUAUAA